AACAAGUUGCCCAGUAUAGACCUGUGCCUGAUUUUCCCACCCUAAAACUUCAUCACAAUCCUAUAAGCUGCUGAUCGAUCUGGAGAUGGCAGAGGCCCAGGAGCUGGCGAAAGCUGCAGAGGAGCCGAGAACACUCCCUAGAUUGGAAUUUUACUGUCCAGUGUUACUUCUCGGACUUUGAAUGUCUUGUGGGCAACAUCGUCGGAAAGGCCUGACCUACACUAGACCCACUGAAUGUGUCCCCCAGUUAUGGCUGGAAGAUGUGCGCCUGACUGGAGUUGAAGCAAAAUCCACGGAGACAAAAUGGUGGCAAUUCUGGAGAAGUAAGGGUGCUCUCUCUCCAGUCCCAGCUGCCCUUGUGAGCAACCUGGAGAGAAAAAUGGAGGAGCCCAAUAUACCACAUUCUGAACCAGGGCAAGGUUUGGUGACCGGAGCAGGAAAAUCUCCACGGGCCAUUCAGGCUGGAACCAUCGGUGAGUUUCUGAGGUGGGUCACACCGCACCAAGGUAGGCCUGAGAGACAGGAGGGAAUUCCAUCACACGGUGAGGCCCAGUGGCAGGAAAUCCUGAAGACAGUCCAGUCUUCUCAUUCGGGAUGGACAAGUUCUCAGUUGCCAGAUCUGCCUCCAUGGGAUGACCUCUCAACGUUUGAGAGGGCGGCUGAUGCCUGCCAGUGGUCCCGAGGAGAAGGCAUGGCCAGACUUGUGCCGAAUCUCAGUGGAGAAGGCCACUUUACCAGCCUGGAGGCCAGAGACAGGGGAGACUACGGGAAGAUGAAGGCCACCGCCCUCCAAGGGGAUGGCAUGAGUGCUGAGACACAGCGCCAAUGCUUCCGCCAGUUCCGCUACCAGGAAACCGAGGGGCCCCGGGAGGUGUGUAGCCGGUUGCGGGAGCUCUGCCAUCGCUGGUUGGAGCCAGAGACGCGCACCAAGGAGCAGAUCCUAGAGAUGUUGAUCCUGGAACAAUUCUUGACGAUCCUGCCGAAGGAAAUCCAGACCCAAGUCCGAGAACGUGGUCCAGAAACCUGUGCUCAGGCGGUGGCCCUGGCAGAGGGGUUUCUAUUGAGGCAGCGAGAAGCGGGGAAACAGGAACAGCAGGUCACGACGUCGCUGCGAGGCGGGACCACGAACUGCUCUGAGUCGGCGCGUCCUCCAGCAAAUGUCCGGCCGAGGCACAGCUACAAAGAAGUCAGACAGCAAGACAAUGGAAACGCGAGCCCGCUGGGUGCCAAGUUUUUAGGGAGAGCCGGGCAGUGCUUCCAGUGUCCAGACUGUGGGAAAAGAUUCAGGGGGGAGGAGGAGCUCCGAGCUCACAGCGGCAUCCACAGGAAGGACAGGCCUCAUGCCUGCGCCCAGUGUGGGAAAAGAUUCACCCGCCCGUCAGGCCUGGCCAAACAUCUGAAAACCCACUCGGGAGAAAAGCCCUACCACUGCAGCCAGUGCCUCAAAAGCUUCAUUCAGAUGUCCCACCUCACCAGACAUCAACGGAUUCAUACGGGGGAAAAGCCCCACCCCUGCGCUGAAUGCGGGAAGCGUUUCAACUGCCCGUCGGACUUGGCCAAACACCAGCACAUUCACACGGGGGAGAAACCUUUCCGUUGUGCCGAGUGCGGGGCGAGGUUUAACCAGUUCUCACACCUCACGAGGCAUCAGAGGAUCCAUACGGGAGAGAAGCCCCAUGCCUGCACCGAGUGUGGGGAAACCUUUAGCCAGCGAGCGCACCUCAUCAGCCAUCAGAGGAUCCAUACGGGAGAAAGGCCUUAUCGAUGCACUUAUUGCCAAAAAUGUUUCAGCCACCUCUCAGCCCUGACGGUUCACAAGAGGAUCCAUAUGGGCCAAAGGCCCUACGGCUGCCCGGAGUGCGGGAAAAGGUUCAUCGCCUCGUCGGCUCUAACCAGGCACCAGCGGACGCACUCGGAGGAAAGACCUCACACGUGUGACGAGUGCGGCCGGAGGUUCAACCAGCUCUCGCAUCUCCACAGGCAUCGACGGACCCAUUCUGGGGAGAAGCCUCACAGCUGCACCGAGUGUGGGAAAAGGUUCAACCAGCUGUCCUCUCUCACCAGGCACCAGAAAAUCCACACAGGAGAGAAACCUUACCCCUGCGAUGAGUGUGAGAGAAGGUUCAUCCGGUUGGCUGACCUCAUCAUCCACCAGAGAAUCCACACCGGAGAGAAGCCCUAUCGUUGUGCUGAGUGCGGAAGGAGGUUCCGGCAGAGACAGACUCUUGUCAAACACCAGAGACUCCACCCAAUACGGGAAAACCCAUACGAAUGCCUGGAAUGUGGCAAGGUGUUCAAGUGGUCUUCUCGGCUCAUCCACCACCAAAGGACUCAUACGGGUGAGCGCCCUUACAAGUGCUCCGAGUGCCCCAAGGCCUUUAAAGGGUCGUCGGCGUUGCUGUACCACCAGCGCGGGCACACGGGCGAGCGACCUUACAAGUGCGGCGAGUGCGGCAAGGCGUUCAAACGCUCCUCUUUGCUUCAGAUCCACCAGAGUGUGCACACUGGCCUGCGUGCCUUCAAGUGCGCUCAGUGCGGCUUGGCCUUUAAGUGGUCCUCCCAUUACCAGUACCAUCUGCGCCAGCACACGGGCGAGCGCCCCUACCCCUGCCCGGCGUGCGACAAGGCCUUUAAGAACUCCUCCAGCCUCCGGCGACACCGCCAUACCCAUACAGGUGAGCGUCCUUACGUCUGCCCCAUCUGCGGCAAGGCCUUCACGCAGUCCACCAAUCUGCGGCAGCACCAGCGAGUGCACACCGGUGAGAGGCCCUACCGAUGCCAGGACUGUGGAAAGGCCUUUACCCACUCCUCUAACUUAGCGCUACACUGCCGAUCGGCACAUGCUGCCCGCCCUGCCCACACCUGUGUAAUCUGCGGCAAAGCCUUUGCCUCGGACGCCUACCUGCAGCGGCACUUGGAGACUCAUGCUGAUGUAGCCCCUCCAGCACAGCUUUUUCUAGAGGAAUCGACCACCACUGUAGAGAUGCUCUUUCGGUGUAGUGUCUGUCACCUCACCUUCCCCCUCCAGGAGCAGCUGCUGACGCACCAGGAAGUGCACCUGGCCCCAGCAGAGCCACCGCCCAUGCCCCCACGGCCCCCACCCGUUCAGGAGGAGACGGGUGCCUCAGCACCAUCCCCUGUGCCCUCCUUAGCUUGCUCAGUGUGCAGCAAGACUUUCAAGAGCCCAGUGGGCUUAGCGCGACACCAGCAGAGCCAGCACUCUUCAGAUCGCACGUACACCUGCGCGGUGUGCGAGCGCUCUUUCCUGGCACUGGCCAGUCUGUUGGGGCACCAGCAUUCCCACCCCCCAGCAGAGCAGCGGCUGGAAGAGGCUGAGGUGACGUGCCCAGCACAGGCUGAGCCAGUAGCUACUGCCACAGUGGCCACGCCUCCACCCCCCGAGCGCCCCUAUGUCUGCGGGGAAUGCGGGAAGGCGUUCAAGGGCUCCUCGGGGCUGCGUUACCACCUUCGUGACCACACGGGGGAGCGUCCCUAUGCCUGCGGGGAGUGCGGGAAGGCCUUCAAGCGCUCCUCCUUGCUACGGAUCCACCAGCGGGUUCAUACAGGGCUGCGUGCCUUCACCUGCCCCACUUGUGGACUGGCGUUCAAGUGGGCCUCUCACUACCAGUACCAUUUGCGGCAGCACACCGGGGAACGUCCGUACGCCUGCCAGGACUGCGGGAAAGCCUUUAAGAACACCUCGUGCCUCCGCCGGCACCAGCAGCUGCAUACCGGGGAGCGUCCCUUCGCCUGCCAGACCUGCGGCAAGGCGUUCACCCAGACAUCCAACCUUCGGCAGCACCAGCGAGUACACACUGGUGAAAGACCCUAUUGUUGCCGGGACUGUGGGAAGGCUUUCACCCACUCUUCCAACCUGGCGUUGCACCGACGGACCCACUCCAGGGAGCGUCCUUUCCAGUGUCCGGUGUGCUCCAAGGCCUUCGUCAUGGCCUCAUACUUGCAGCGCCACUUGCGCACCCACAACAGCGCCGAGACGCCCAGCCGUUCAGCCGCCCCGUCGCCUGCUGCCACUCAGGAGGUGCAAAUCGCUAACCUGCAGGCCACCCUGAAUGUGGAGUUGAGCAGCAGCCCUGCCCCAGCCGGCCCAUCUAACACGCAAACGUUCCUGCUGGUUCAGACGGCGCAGGGCUUGCAACUCAUCCCUAGCGUGCAGCAGCAGCAGCAGUCCCCGCCUCCCCAGAGUUCACCCCCCAAACUUAUCUUGUUGCCCAGUCCCCAAGUGACGCCCGCAGCACCUGCUGCUCCGGUCAGCUUUACCCUAUUGCCAAACACCCCCAUCACCCCAAACAAGCCUGUUCCACUCCGGCAAGGCAAGGGCAAGAAGCCCUUGGCUCUGCCACCACCGCCACCACCAGUGUCUGGCAGCCAGAACAUCAUUUUGAUGCCCAGUGCCACUGGGCCCAGCUUGCAGCCUCUCUCUAACGUGCAGAUCCAGAGGACCUCGGGGCUGCAGGCUGGUGGACAAAAUGUUAUCGUCCUCCAGAGCUUGCCGGAACAGCAAACCGGUACAGUGCAGAUCCAAGCUGUGCCGGCUGUUGCGCCGGCAACAGGCACCCUCCAGAUUCAAACCCUGCCGCAAUGUCAGCCGCUCCAGAGCCUGCCUGCUGUCCCUCAGGGUGGCACUCUGCAAAUCCAGGCCCUGCCUGCUUCCCAGCAGACCAGUACUAUCCAGAUCCAAGCCCUCCCACAUUCUCAACAGACUGGCAUCGUGCAGAUCCAAAGCCUGCCACUCCCCCAGAACACUGUCCAGAUCCAACGUCUGCCCACCUCCCAGCCGACGGGCACUGUGCAGAUCCAGAACCUGUCUGCUUGCCCAUCGGCAGGCACGAUGCAGUUCCAAACUCUUCAGCCUUCCCAGAAGGUGAACACUGUGCAAUUUCAGGCCGUGUCAUCGCCCCAACAAAUGGGGACCCUGCAGAUCCAAACCCUCAAGCCUUCGCAGCAAACAGGGCCCCUUCAACUGCAGGCCUUGCCGUCCCCUCAGCAGACCGGCCCUCUGCAUAUCCAGAACCUGUGCCCCGCAAACCAGUCCGUGACUGGUGUGGAAAUCCAGGGGCUCUCGCCUUCCCAGCAGCUGGAUGGCACCAUUCAGCUCCAGGGCUUGGUGUCUUCCCAGGAAGAGCAGCGGCUUCAGCCUUCUGAGGAGAUCGCCAGCAUCCAGCUUCAGCCUCUGGGCCAACCUCAGGAAAUGAGCGAGGUGGAAUCGGCUAUGGCCAGCUCCCAUGAGCUCUCUGGGGUAGAUCUCCAGCAGGGAGUUAGUGCAGAGGAGGAAAGCCAGAACUUGAUUGUCGUGCAGAAUUCCCCUGGGGAUGAACUGCUGGGGCCUGGGGGGGAGGUGGAGGGCCUAGAAGGGGUGCAAGAUGUGCACUUUGAGACACUGCAAACAGAGGAGGGUGUGCAGAACGUGCUGGUGCUGAGGAGUGCCGGCGGGGAGCAGACCCGCCUGUGUGUGCAGGAGGUGGAGAACAUCCAGACGGUGCAGGAACUCCCCGGCCUCCAGCUGCAGGGUGCUGAGGGAGGCUCUGGCACCGGGCAGAACCUGCUGAUCAUCCGCAGCGCCCAAGGGGAACAGACCCUCCAAGUGCUGGAGAGCGUGCCGACACUUCAGGUGAACAGCCCGGAGAGCACUCAGUCGGCCGGCGACGGCAGCAGCACCCCUCAGAUGGUGCAGCUUUUGCAAAGCCCGGUGGCUUCGCAGGGCCUGCCCUCCAUCCAGAUUGUCCAGACGGUACCAAACAUGCAGCUGGUCCACACUUUCUGAAAGCCGCCAUCUCCCCAACAGAGUGAGGAUGUUAGUCGAGACUCAGUUGUUUGCACCGGUGGUACAGAUGCGACGUGGGGCCCCACGCUGUGGGACUAGUGGAAACUCACCAGUUGUCGCUGGAGUUGCCAGGCAGGAUUGGUCCAGUCUGGGUGACUUCAAGACUUGUGGAUGGCAUUGUCCCCUAGAGCUGUGGGCGUCCCAGGAUGAUGUCUUGGUGUGGCAGCACACCCGUGCCUGCAGGUCCAAAGCACACUUUUGGCUCUCCCCCCCCCCCUUUCUUGCUCACAUAUAGGCUGCUGCUGCUGCUUUUGACCCUGCAGCCAUGGUGAUCAUCCCACGACCUCCAAGAGCACUUAUAUGUCCUUGCAUGUGAAGAGGAGCUAGCUUGUCUAGCCCUUUGCUCUGUCCAGGCUCCACUCCUGUUUUUUUCUGGGCUUGAGAUAAUUUUUUUUUUGGCAAGGACCCAAAGUUUGUGCUGCCUGAUGGUUAAAACAAAUAGUUUGGCAGCCAGGACUCCUGGGUCUUCUUCCCACCUCAGACAGAGAGUGUGAUUGAUGGGUAGCCAGCGAAUGCCCAGCUUCUCUCCCUUUCCAUUCCACAUUAUAGCUUUGGAUGAGGGUCUCUCUGACGCAGCGUGAGCUUUUCUUUGUGUAACAAAAAUCAGCGAACUUCAGGUCUUCCUUUGGUUCUCGGCACUAUGGAGCAGGGAUGCUCUUUGAGGCCAUCUUGCAAGUGGUUAUAGAUUGCAUCUCUCAGCCUGUGCUUUCCCACCCCCAUCUGGUCAAACCUCUCCAAUUUCUUGUUCCACAGAAUCAUAUUUCUUCCAGAGUGUACCACAAAUUCCUGGUGCUAACACACAUAAAAGAGGGUCAGACUCUUAACGGCUGGAAUGAAAAUAAAAACUGCUUUGGAGAACCUUUGCCUUUUUUCCUUCGAACUCCCGUGUUUUACUAUAUGUUGCGUAGACAACAUGCCAGAAGCAUCCAAACUGAGAACAGAACCCAACAGCAACUAACAAAGCCUACCCCAGUUGCAGUUUUCCCGCUGCAUGCUAUGUGGCUUCAUCCACCUAGCUUAUUUAACCUUUUGAGAUUUUAUUGUCUUGGAAUAUCUUUUGUUUAUGUAUUUUAUGACAGAACCCCCAAGCAUUGAUUUAUUUUAUUUUGUUUAGUAACCUGGGAAGCCUGAUUCCUUUGGGGUGGGAGUCAUAGAAAGCCUCGAGAGGAAAAGAGAAAAGGGUCUGACCUAGAGGAGAUUGUAAGACUUUUUUUUCUGGAGCAGCCCCAAACCAUGUUGGGAAAACAUCAGGCCCAUUCUGCACGGGCCAAGAAACACGGGAGUAGGACGGUUAAAAAAAAAAUUUAGGGAAGGAACUUGGCACAGAUCUCACCUCUAAAAUGAGUCUGCUGCGUGUUAUUUCUCCCAAACUGGGUUUUUUGAGAAUCGAGCUACUAGCGAGUCUUUUCAAAAAUCCUGGGUUGAAGUACUUACCUUGCUUAUUUUCCAAAAUCUGACCAAGCCGGGCUGUAUCAUACCAUUCCACAUCCCAUCUCUUUAUUUAUUUACUUACAUUAUUUAUAGUCCACCUUUCUCCCAGGGACUCAAGGAAGAUUACGCAUAGUGAAUUAGUAUAAUCAACAAAAUGGGACAUUCAAUAACCAGGGGACCUUGGAACACUGCUGUGUACAAUAGCCAUUCAAAAUGAGACUGAAUUGCCUUGAAAUCUGAAAAAGGGAAGUUAUUCCCUAGCCAACAAAAGAAUACCCUUACAGAACAACACUUCCAAGGUGUGCAGAUCCUUAGAGGUCCUAAGUUCUGCGUGUGCCACACAGUUGAUGAGUGGGUCUGACCUUCCCCAAACCACUGUUGAGAGUACCUUGUAAAUAAAAACUUUUCAGGAUUUUCCAGAGCAAGUCACUCCCAAAUAUGACCUUGGGCAAGGCUUGUAAAAAAUAUGGAAAGGAGAGAUGAGCCUGGAUUUUGCCUUUAUUAUGAAUCUACAACAUGUUCCAAGAUCAAGUCCAAACUUUGAUGAGAAGGUUCUGCUGUACUCUGGCUCACAUACUGUGGACAUCCCUUAAAUAUACGGGCCUGCCUUCCCACCAACUUUGGCACAUAACUCAGUAAUUCAGUCUCCCUGUAAACUCUUUGUCUUAAUUCCUUGUUUAGCUCUGAGACUGGGAACUGAAACUAGGGUUACAAGCAGCCAUAACUGACGGUGUUUUUUUUUAAAUCUUGUUUGCUUGAUUCAAUUAUUCUUGACCAGUGAUUUUAACUGGGGACGUAGGGUCCCCAGAGGGUAAUUUACAAAUGGUGGGGGGAGGAGGUUCCAAAUUGUUGGGGUAAAUGGAUAUUUGGGAUUUUAUGAAGCUCCUUCUACCGACUUAGAAUAACUUUCAACAGCCAGCUCACAAUACCCUGAGGAUACAUCCAAGAUCCACUGCAGAAUUUUAAACAAAUCCCACAGAAAUUUCAUUGGGGAGAAAAGCUAUAGAAGUAAUGCACUACCAUCUCUGAAACCAAGUGAUAUAUGAACUUUCAAAAGAAAAGAUCAGGAGGGGAACACAAAAAAUGGGGAACAUAACUUCUCUUUUAAAAGGUGUCGGCCUAAAAAAAAUAUUUUCUUGGGAAUUUGUUUUUCUUAUCAAAAUAAAGCUGACUUGUUUGGA